UUUAAGGUCGUUGAACAAGUCGGUCACAAACCACCUACUUGUGAAGUCGGUCCAAGAACUCCCAAGGUCAAAUACGGAACGUUAAAAAAUAAAUUAUGAAUUUUUAUUCAUUAUGUCAAUUUGUUUAAAUAUAUACAUAGCAUAUGUCAGGACUGUCAGGUUGUAUUAAGUGCUCAUUAGUGUUUCUAAUAAGACAAUAGGACAAAUCGAAAAGAAGUAGUCAAAUCUAUAAAAGUUCCUAUCAUUUUUGAUCAGAUAUUACACACAUUGAACAAAAAUGUCUUCUUUGGGAAAGAAACUGGUGGAUCAGUUGAAAUCCCCUGAAUUCAGGAGUUAUUUGAUGAGCACACACUUUUGGGGGCCUGUAGCAAAUUGGGGCAUUCCAUUGGCCGCUAUAGCAGACAUCAGUAAAGAUCCCAAAUUUAUAAGUGGAAAGAUGACAGUGGCAUUGUGUUUAUAUUCUGCAAUGUUCAUGAGGUUUGCUUUGAAAGUUCAACCACGGAAUAUGCUGCUGUUUGCUUGCCAUUUUACGAAUGAGGGUGCUCAAUUGGUGCAACUCACCAGGUGUAUAAAAUAUAACUACUUGGACAAAACGAAAGAGCAGACAGUUGGACAGACAGACAAUCAGAAGAACUCAACAGGGAAAAAAGAAUAAUCGAAUUUUAACUAGGUGCAAUUUCAUUGUUAUGUAUUUUCAAAGAACAUAUCAAGACCAUUUUAUUUUAAUUAUUGACGAGUGAGAUGCCACUGUUUAUAUCGACUCCAGUUCUAUUGCUCGUUAUUUUGUGACAGAUUUGUGGUUAACGACUGGGCUACGUUCAUCUUAUAAAUUUUAGCAGAUUGCUGAUUCUGUGAAUGGAAAAAUAAGCUUCAGAUGUUGUCUUUCAGCAAAAAUUAUAGGUGAACGUAAGUUUUUUGAUGCCAACGAAAAGCACUGAGGUAUGGGGAUGAAUGAAAUUGAUAUGUAACUUUUAUGAAAUGGUGUUAGAAAAAUGACAAUACUGUGCCUAAAUUAUGACAAUUUCCAUUUUUGUGAAACAUAUUUUUACACUAAUGAUUUACUGUUGAAUAAAUUUUAUUUUUUGUUA